CCUACUUACUGCUGACACAAAACCACAACAACAACAACGAGAAUUGGUCGUCUCCGGCCUACACUCUAAUCAUCGUACUUAAUUUAGUAUCACCUCUGAUUUCUCAACCUUAGUGUAUUUUAUACUCUAGCUUCAGCUAUGGCGGCACCAUGGUGUUUCAAUGGCAAGAAUGUCCUCGUCACCGGUGGUGCUAGAGGAAUAGGGCUUGCGAUAGUAGAAGAAUUUGCAAAAUCUGGAGCUGAUAUAUACACUUGUGCUCUGGAGUCGGGAGAACUGGACCAAUGUUUGCAAGACUGGAAUAGUAAAGGAUACAAAGUAUCAGGACUGCCUUGUAACCUAACAGUUCGAGAGGAGCGCGAAAAUCUUAUGACGACGGUUGGUAACCACUUCAACGGAAAGCUUGAUAUCUUGGUAAACAAUGCAGGUCUGGCAAUAUACACUGAAGCUAAAGAUUGUAGUCCAAAAGAUUGGUCUCUUGUUAUGAGCACCAAUCUUGAGGCUUCUUACCACUUAUCUCAGUUGGCAUACCCUUUGCUAAAAGCCACUGGAAAUGGAAGCAUAGUGUUUGUGUCCUCUGCUUCCGGGGUUAUUUCCACACCUGGCUCUACUCUCUAUGGAACAUCCAAAGCGGCAAUAAACCAUCUGACAAAGAAUUUGGCAUGCGAGUGGGCAAAAGAUGAUAUUCGCGUCAAUGCUGUGGCACCAUGGAUCAUCACAACCCCUCUUACUAAAUUAGUCUGCCAAGAUCCUGCAGCAAGAGAAUCACUGAACAACAUGAUCAAUAGGGCACCAUUGCGUCGUGCCGGUGAAACUGCAGAGGUUUCUGGGCCAGUGGCAUUCCUCUGCUCUCCCAUGGCUGCAUAUAUUACUGGCCAUAUUCUAUGCAUAGAUGGAGGAGCCAGCAUCAAUGGUUGUCCUUAAUUAAUCACGUAUUUAAUUCAAGUGUCCCAAUAUAUACUAAGUUCUUUUUUUUUUUCUU